GCAGAAACUCAAGGUUUGGUUCAAAAAAGAUGACACAGAGCCUGUCGGGCUGGACCACUCUUGGCAAAGUUUCAGUCUGACAUACACCAGGACCUACAUGGAUCUACUGUAAAGGAAGGCGAGCGUUUUUAUAGGGGAAUUCAUACACUUUUGAGCCAAUAUUUCUAUUCACCAAGGAUGGAUCAGCCAGCGAAUACACAGACCCAGCAUCAACACGAACCCAUCAGCUUUGGAAUUGAUCAGAUUUUGAACAGUUCUGAUCAGGAAAACUCUUCCCAGCCGGCCCCCAGAGGAUCAGACAGCACCAAUUACCUGGGAAGCCCCGUGAGCAGAACAAGUGCCCCUUAUCCUUCCCUACCAGCCUCCUUCCCUGGCAUCGGGGCGCCUUUUGAAGACUCUGGAUCUUACAGUGUGAAUCUGAGCUUGGCUCCAGCUGGAGUGAUCCGAGUGCCAGCUCACAGACCCAUCCCUGGGGCUGUGCCACCUCCAAUUUCUAGUGCCAUACCAGCUAUGCCAGCUGUACCCAGCCUUGGCAGCCUCAACUUCCCCUGGAUGGAGAGCAGCAGGAGGUUCGUAAAGGACAGAUUCACAGCGGCGGCCGCACUAACGCCCUUCACGGUGACGCGGCGGAUCGGGCACCCCUACCAGAACCGCACGCCGCCCAAGCGCAAGAAGCCGCGCACGUCCUUCUCCCGCGUGCAGAUCUGCGAGCUGGAGAAGCGCUUCCACCGGCAGAAGUACCUGGCCUCGGCCGAGCGGGCGGCGCUCGCCAAGUCCCUCAAGAUGACGGACGCGCAGGUCAAGACCUGGUUCCAGAACCGCCGGACCAAGUGGCGGAGGCAGACGGCGGAGGAGCGGGAAGCGGAGCGGCAGCAGGCGAGCCGGCUCAUGCUGCAGCUCCAGCACGACGCCUUCCAGAAGUCCCUGAACGAGUCCAUCCAGCCCGACCCGCUCUGCCUGCACAACUCCUCGCUCUUUGCACUCCAGAACCUGCAGCCCUGGGAAGAGGACAGCGCCAAGAUCCCGCCCGUCACCUCCUUAGUGUAAGGACCUCGUGGGGGCGGCGGGACGCGCAGAGCCGCCCCCACUUCUCCCUGCAUGAACUCGAGCCCACGAGCGGGGCCCGGCCGGCUCCCGCGACGGGAAUGCCCCCUGCUCCCGGCCCGGGGGGGUCCCUGCCGCCCGCUCCUAGUCGGCUGCCGCAAGACGGGACCGGGAAGACGAGCGGGGCUGGAGCGCGCCCCUCCGCCGCUGCAGUCCUGGACCUGCCGGGGAUGGACUCGGACCAGGGGCUCCCCGGAGGCAGCACGAGCUGAGCGAGAGAGAUCGCCGCUGUCCCCGCGCUCGGCAGCCCCGGGGGGAAUGGACUUGAGCUUGCAAACCCGCGGCGGGCGCCUGGACGUGAGCGCGGGCAUGAACUCGGCGGAGGCGCCUGGCUCCUGCUUCUCGUGGCGGAGGCAGGCAGGACCUCGCCUCUGCUGGACAGACAGGGUUUCUUUCCCCCGGCCGGGAUGGGGGAAAAACCGAAGGGACGGACAUUGCCAGGUGCCUGCCUAAAGUCGCUGCGUUCAUUUCCCGAGGUUUCUCUCGUGCGACGGCUCCUCCUUGCUCUGUAGCCGCGGGCGGGCCCACCGCCGCGCUCCCUCCACGCGUGGAGCCGCGUCCGCGCCCCGCCGGGAGAGGGAAAUAUAAGUCGCUUUUGUAAGAAGUGUUAAUACUUUAAUUUAUUUAUGCACCGAGAAGGGGCCCUGCUCAGGCGGAGUGACACCCGGCUCGGAUCAUGUGUCGCGUCCGAGCAGCCGCGGUUGCUGUUGGCUCCAACCGGAGGCUGUUUCCCCGCGUGUUAGGAGCUGCGGAGAAAGAAACGAGCCCACUUAGCAGAGGGAACCAAACGGAAGCGGUGACUCAUUAGCUUAGGAAACCCUGCUAGGCUGCACGAGCGGCGGCGCCCGUCUGUGCCGGCGGAGGCUCGCGUCGGCCGCGCUCCGCUCCGCUCCGCUCCGCUCCGCUUCCCGCAGGAUCGCGGGCUCCGCUCGAGGGUCCUUCCCCGGGCCGGGGCCCCGGCAGCGCCUUCGCCACCGGCUCCAGAGAAAGCGCCUUAUGUUCCGCAGCGCCGGGACCGUGUCGGACACUUUGUACCUGCCGAGACCUGUAAAUAAAGCUUUUCUGUAAGAACGGCCCCGGCCCCGCGU